AUGGCUGCUUUACAGACCUGGCUCAUUGUGCUCGUUAUCCGCUGGGCAGUGCCGUGCGUGUCAGAGAAGCCAGGGGACUCUACCUACCUAGAUAUAGCCGAGAUCGAGGAGUGGGAGGACACGGCGAUAUCUUUACUGAUGGACAACGAGACCACCCCCUUGGAGGGCACAGCAGUACCCCCCUAUAACACAGAACAGGAUCACACUCCGACAUACUGCGCUACUACAACAGCAGCCCCACACACCACCAGCACCACUGAACACACUGACCGAGGGCACUCUCUCCCUGAUCUCCCAGAGUCACCAGGGACCAGCACCACUGACCGAGGGCACUCUCUCCCUGAUCUCCCAGAGUCACCAGGGACCAGCACCACUGAACACACUGACCGAGGGCACUCUCUCACUGAUCUCACAGAGUCACCAGGGACCAGCUGAACACACUGACCGAGGGCACUCUCUCCCUGAUCUCCCAGAGUCACCAGGGACCAGCACCACUGAACACACUGACCGAGGGCACUCUCUCCCUGAUCUCACAGAGUCACCAGGGACCAGCACCACUGACCGAGGGCACUCUCUCCCUGAUCUCACAGAGUCACCAGGGACCAGCACCACUGAACACACUGACCGAGGGCACUCUCUCCCUGAUCUCCCAGAGUCACCAGGGACCAGCACCACUGAACACACUGACCGAGGGCACUCUCUCCCUGAUCUCACAGAGUCACCAGGGACCAACACCACUGACCGAGGGCACUCUCUCACUGAUCUCCCAGAGUCACCAGGGACCAGCACCACUGAACACACUGACCGAGGGCACUCUCUCCCUGAUCUCACAGAGUCACCAGGGACCAGCACCACUGACCGAGGGCACUCUCUCACUGAUUUCCCAGAGGAGUCUGCUGUUACCCAGCCUCCAUUCAUCGCCAGAGACACUGAGCUGUCAGUGCAAUCUCGUGCUGUGACCCUCCCCUCCCCUCUCACCAAUGGUAAAUUAUAGAAAAGCUUGGCUUUCGAGCAGCAGUGAUUGACUGAAUGUAUUGAUGUAAUUAUUUAAUAAAUUCUAAUAAAUACAUGUUUAUUUACUGAAACCUAAAUUGUCUAUAAUGUUAGAUUUUACACCAAUGUAGCCGACUGAAAGCAUAGCGGAUAUGUAGAUUUUCUUACGUUAUUUUAGCCCAAUAUUUGAAAUUCACUUUCAGAGUUCUUUAUUAAAAUAAGAGUUGUGAGGAAUUCAAAGUGAAUAUCAAACAUAAGGCCAAAAUAGCUGAAUUGGAAGGGGGGAAAAAAAGGUCGUCAGCUAAGCUUCCACUAUAAUUGUUUUGGUCUAAAGUUUGAAAUUCACUUUGGUUUCCUGACAAUUCUAACUUUAGUGCAUAAUCUUCUUUAGAUUCCCGAUAGCACUCACUUUGGUUCAAGGAACACUAAAGUCACCUACAUCACUUCAUCUCCGUGAAGGGAUCUGGGUGCAAUGGCUCUGUCCUUUUUUAAGGAACACUAAAGUGUUAGGCAUCCAAACCUGUAUUCCUAAUGUUUUAUCGUCCUUGUCCCUAGUAAUAUAGGUCCCCUGUGUGUCUCAUAAAAAAAUAAAAGCUUUUUACUUAGAGCCAUUGUCCAAUCAAAUGCACCUUAUUGAGGAGCAUUGGGGACCAGAUGCCCAUGCACAGUACUUCCCCAUAGGAAAGCAUUAAGUCACUAUUGGGGCUUUUGCGUCAUGUGACAGUUUUACUUAGUCAAUACAGCUGAAGCACCUUCAGCAUCUAUCAGUGCAGCAUUCACUGAAGGUGUGUUUAAACGCUCAAGGUAAACCUUGCCGUUUCUGAAAAACGGCAGUGUUUUACCUUGAACUGUUAAACUGACAAGACCACUGCACACACGCCACUUCAUUGAGUUAAAGUGGCAUCACUGACAUCUGUGGUCUUCUAACUCUGCAGGGUCAAAGAACAGAUUGCAAAAUAAAACACAUCUCUAGUGACUGUAGAGGCAUUUCCUAUAUUGUUCCUUUAAUAACACCAUGUGAUUUUUUUUUUUUUUCCUCUCAAUCAAUCUUUUUAAUAUUCUUGCUAAUUGGAAUAAUAGCUAAACAUGUUUGCUUCUUGUAGGUUUAAAACAAUAUGUAUUUACAAACAUGAGGCCAGUAUGUAAAACAUGGAAUAAAGUAUGGAAAAAUAAUCAUUUUUUUUCUUUGCUGUAACUGGAUUCUUCAUUUUGUUCCUAAAGUUUCCAGCCUGUGUGUUUGUGAUCUGCUCGUGGACCAGUGUGAUGUAAACUGCUGUUGUGAUCCAGUCUGCACUGCUUCGGAUUUCAGUGUCUUCUCUGGAUGUUCAGUUUCUGUUGUCACGUAAGUACGCAUGUAUAUGUGUUGAGUUUGUUAUUUUUUUUUAUUUUUUUUUAUCAAUUCUUUAUUUUUGCAUUGACAGACAUUGAAGGUGAGAGCAUGUUUGGCUUACGCAGAAGCCCAUCUUUCAAAUAUGCUUUAGUCAUGUUACAGAAAGAGAAUCUGGGUUGUUAAUAUACAUAAUAUACGUUUUAGACAUGUUACAUGUGGGUUGCGCAAAGGCUGUUGUCAUUUAGCUUUCGCCUGUCAAAGGUUUUUAUUUAUUUGUUGUAUGCACAAAGAAAAACAUAUACACAAAAAAAAACGAUCAAGUGAAAGUAGGCGUUAAAUCCUAGAACUGCACGAGUAAGUAGCUGUCUGUGAGGGGGUGCUCAUUUGUCUUAUGAUUUUUCAUCAUAUUGUUCCCAAAGGGCCCAUACCUUUUGAAAUGUGGUGGUAGUGUUCCGAACGGUAGCUGUCAUCUUGUCCAUUAAGUAAUUAUCUCUGAUUUUGGAAAUUACUAGAGAUAGUGGGGGUGUCUCUGGUUUUAUCCAGUAUUGUGCCAGUGCCCUGCGAGCUGCUAGAUUGAGCAAAUUCAGAAGUUUUUGGUCGUGUUUGUCUAGUCCGUUUGUCGGUCGUGAUAAUAGACAUGCCCAGGGGUCCAGUGUUAUUUGUCGGUGUAGGAUUUUAGUGUGCAUGGCCACUAUUUUUCCCCAAAACUCUUUUACUUUGGUGCACUGCCACCACAUAUGGAUGUAUGUGCCUUUUUCUCCACAUAGUCGCCAACAGGUAUCAGUGGGGCAGAGUUGCAUGUGUUGUUGCUUGACUGGUGUUGUAUACCACCGGAGCAUUAUUUUAUAUGAUUGUUCCUGUAGGGUCGUGCAUAUAGACACUUUUGUGUUCGCCUCCCAUAUGUCUUGCCACUCCGUCCCCUCUAGUGUUUCACCCAGAUCCGCUUCCCAUUUGUCUGUGUAUGUCUGCGGACCCCACGUGCCUGAUUCAUACUUCUAAGCAUGUUUUUUUGGAUUCACAUGGUUAUUCAAUAAACUCUGAAAUGCAGUGAAUUGAAAUUCAAUCUUCAAAAUGUAGGGUAAACAAUAAGCAAUAUGUUACAUAGUUACAUAACUGAAAAGAGACUUGCGUCCAUCAAGUUCAGCCUUCCUCACAUUUGUUUUUUGCUGUUGAUCCAAAAGAAGGCAGAAAAACCCAGCUUGAAGCACAAUUUUGCAACAAGCUAGGAAAAAAAUUCCUUCUUGACCCCAGAAUGGCAGUCAGAUUUAUCCUUGGAUCAAGCAGUUAUUACCCUACAUUGAAAGAUUAUAUCCUUGAAUAUUAUGUUUUUGCAAGUAUGCAUCUAGUAGCUGUUUGAACAUCUGUAUGGACUCUGAUAAAACCACUUCUUCAGGCAGAGAAACCCACAUCCAGAUUGUUCUUACAGUAGAAAAAAUCUUUCCUUUGCCUUAGACGAAAUCUUCUUUCUUCCAGUCUAAACGCAUGGCCUCGUGUCCUAUGUAAAGUCCGGUUUGUGAAUAGAUUUCCACACAAUGGUUUGUAUUGGCCCCGAAUAUAUUUGUAUAAUGUUAUCAUAUCCCCUCUCAGGCGACAUUUUUCUAAACUAAUGUAAUUAUAUCGGAGUUACCAAAUUUCUUCAAAUGAUAUAUUUUGCCAUGUAGAUUUCAGUUUUCUCCACAUCAUAUUUUAGGUAAAUAACCACAUAUCUAAGUUUACAUACUAAAAUACAUCACACAAAGUUUUAGGAAAAGCUGAGCUGUUUUUUUUUUUGUUUUUUGUUUUUUGAUUUUUAAAUGAAAAGUUGGGUAAAGCAUACAUGACAAACAGUGCCAAUAAAGAGAAAAGGCACAAGUAUAAUUCUAGGCUUGUAUGGUAGAUAGGAUUAAUUUUGCUAGGCAAGCUAGGUUAACACGGAUGAGUAAUUUAUCCACUGAGAUCAAAUACAUCACUAUUCUGCAUUUGCAUGUAAAAGGAAAUCAAAGAAGUAAGGUUGAUACAGCAAGCAUCAUAGAGCAGACAGGCUUAAUAGCUCAGCUGUACGAUUGACAGCAGGUACAAAUUGUUGGGGAGCCAGGAAAGAGCCCCUCUGUCGCUCCUCUAUGUGGAGCCAAAAGGCAGCAAAAAUAUCGUCCAGCCAUUGAGCAAUAGAGCAUGGCUGUGUGCUCUUGGCGGGCUCUUAAGUGAUCUCUGCCACUUUAUGGGCGGUAGGCCUCUGUUAAAUUCUCUGCCAUGGAGCAUGAGGACGAUAACCUCCACCGGUCCUUAUAGGGGAACGGAGGCUAACAGUUGAGUUCAUUGCUUUAGGUGGCGUCAGGAAAGCAUCCGUCUUCCCUGCACCAGCUUUGCUUGCAGGCCGCUGGGUAUGUUCGGGCAAAUCUCUCAGAAAGGUCUGCAUUUUCGGUAACAGCAUUGUGCCUGUAUGGUCACCUCUUUCCAGGUGGCCCUUAUGUGUCUCAUAAAAGUUGUGUUUUGCCAAAAUGCCGCUAUUUCAAUCCUGCAGAGCAAUCCUGAGAUCGGCUCAGUGGCCCGGCCCCGUCCCCCCCUAAAUAUUGUCUUUUUAAAAAAAAAUAUUUAUAUAUUUUAUCUCUAAAAUGUGUGUGAUGACAUGAAUGUUUAAAGGGGCAUUUUCACUUGUCAGUUUUUAAUAUUAUGUUUAGUAAUCCCUUAUAUUUAAGUAAUGUGUUUAUAUGAGGUCUGAAAUACAAAAAAAAAUAAUUAAUGAAAAUCACUAUUUGGUAGAUAUACAGCCAAUGAAAAUAUGUAUGCAUUAAAUCAUGCAUUUUUUUCCAUGUAGCACAUAUAAAGGAAAAAUUAAAUUGCUUUCUCGGCAGAUCUCUUACCUGCAGCAUUUAAAAAAAAGCCCUCCCCUUCUUCUAAAGCACAUACUUUCUUUUGCUGUCCAAUCACAGACUUGCCAAUGUUGCUCAAUGAGAAGCCUUUGCAAGGUAUGUGCUCUGGGCAAUUGCUGCCUCUUGAGGUUAGUUCCACCGAGCUAAACAACCAGGAAGUAACAUGACUGAUUAUCUGACAGCCAGGGGUGUAAGAAGGUUAAUUUAUAAAAGUGGCAAUUUCUAGUGAAAUUUGCCCUUUUUAUAAAGUGCUUUAGGUGUUUGAAGUGUUCUUUUAAAGGUGUACACUAAAGACCAUAAUUUAGUGGUUUGACAGUAAUUGAAGGACCCAUGAUACCUGUGGCACAGCCCCCUUUUCAUUAUUUUGCUAAUGCAGGUGUUCUACUUCAGAGAGCACCAGCUAGUAAUGCCUAACCAAUAAAUCCCUUCCAAAUCUGGAUGAAAUCAACAUUUGCUUGUGCAGAAAUGUAACUUCUGUAAUAAUAGUAUGCUGAGCAAAGGACUGGGCCACAUAUUCAAUGGUGACACCUGGGUUAUGUCCAACUUGACACAGAACGGUUGCCGUUACCCUUCCUCUCAGGAAACAAGAUACCCACAAAAGUAAGGGACCAAAAAGCCGAAUUACUGGACCUUAGAGUGUCCAUGUUUAAUGUAUUACAAGAAAGAAUCAAAGUCAAGAAUAACUGUGGUCAGGAAUACAGAGAUAAGGAUACAUGAAAAACAAGCCAGUUUAGGAUACCCAAAAUACAAGCCGGGUCAGGAUACCAGAAAUACACAGGUCAAACUACAAGCCAUGUCAAGAUACCAUAGGUUAACAGAGUCAAAACGAAACCAAGGUCAAAAACAGGAAAUCAAAAGAGUUGCAGGAGCACUAAACAUGUUACUAAACAGAAACCACGAUAGGGCAAUGAGUAAGGGCCAGAACAGGCUUUAAAUAGGUUCUCAUUGGUUCACGUCAUCUCUGCGUCUCCAAACAACAUCGGGUUAUCUAGAUGACACAGUCCCUCUAAGGGCGUGAUGUCAUGACUUUCACAAUUUAUUUUAAGGGGCUGUAGUUCAGGCCACUUACAAGCAGAAAGAGUCGUUUGCAGGACCAAAUGUGAGUCUAUUUCGUUUGCAGGCUACGUGGUCACUCAGACUGCUUUUUCAGCUUUUUGCAAGAUGAAUGGUUCACAUCUAACAUUACUUUACUCAAAUAUAAUAGUCACGUGCCAUUGGGUAUAUGAUGGAAAAGCUGUCUUAUUCUGACCCAGCUACAUGCUGCAGAUUCAGCUUGUUUUUGCAGUAAUUUGGUUUGUUCCACUUCACUCAUCUGGUGCGUAAUGGUGUUGAGAUCACUGUACCCGUCCUGAUGCUGCCAUUAGCAUAGGACAAUAAUAAUAUAUUAUUUAGACCUGGCAGUGUUUUUUUCCACUCUAUUUUUCAGUUCACAUUUCAAUUGAGCGUCUUAAUUGUACAACACACUGUGGAAAACUGCUGCAGCUAUUCACUGGCUUGAUAUAUGACUCUUAAUUGCAAAUCUGGGAAACAAAUAGCAUCAUUUGACCCAAAUUGAAAUUCAGGUAUUCACUAAAGGCAAAUUGAGACGAUAUUUGGAGAGUAUCUCUGAAUGUGCAGUUAUCAUUUGAAACAAAUUGAUGGCUACUAAAAAUAAGCCAAGAUGUUUCCUACUAACUAUAGGAAUUCAAACAUUUAUCAUACACCAAACUGACACAUUCAGAGAUUACUGCUUGCUUGCAGUUUGUAGGCCAAAUAACAUUUAGUUUGCUAUUAUAAUUUACUUUAAAGGACCACUAUAGGCACCCAGACCACUUCAGCUUAAUGAAGUGGUCUGGGUGCCAGGUCCCUCUAGAGUUAACCCUGUCUGCUGUAAACAGAGCAGUUUCACAGAAACUGCUAUGUUUACAUUUGGGUUAAUCCAUCCUCUAGUGGCUGUCUCAUUGACAGCCGCUAGAGGCGCUUCCGUGCUUCUCACUGUGGUUUUCACAGUGAGAAGACGCCAGCAUCCAUAGGAAAGCAUUGAGAAUGCUUUCCUAUGGAUUGACUGAAUGCGCGCGCGGCUCUUGCCGCGCAUGCGCAUUCAGCCGAUGAUGUCCAAAGGAGGAGGAGAGUCCCCAGCGCUGAGGGAGCCCGGCGCUGGUGAUCUUCAACUUCAGCCCGGCGGGAGGGGGGCCAUGAGGGUGGGGGCACUAGUUUGUUUUCCUGGUACUAUAGUGGUCCUUUAAUUUGUGUGAUCUUUACUGCCAUCUAGUGGUGAAAUGCAGUUUACUGUACUUUAUGAAGGUCAUAUUCAUUUGUUUACGUUUAACAAUAACAACAACAACAAAAAAACUACAGCAAACAUUAUAUUUACAUAUAUCUACUUCUAAUGUUAGUGUGCUGAUGGUGCCCUAAGGUUAGUUAUUGAACUAAACUUGACUCUGACUUAGCGGCAUUCUCGUCUUGCUGCAGCCAUCAUUCUUCCUCCUUCUGAGUUCAUUUUGAAGAUGAUUUUAGGCAACUUGGUGUCCAGGCUGUAGUGGUUAUGAUGAUUAGAAUAGCAAUUUAAUAUUAAUUUAUAAAUGUGGUUACUUCCUGUAUCUUGUUAUAUGAUUAUUUUAAUAUUCAAUUAAUAAGAUGGUCAGACUAUAAGCGUAGACUAACAAGACAUUAGCAUGUUGUUUACUUUCUUUUCCGAUAGAUGGCACACAUAUCUCUCCAGUUACUCAUCUGUGUUUAUACAAAAAUGAUCUGAUACUGCAAGCUGCACUGUCAUCUGCUAGUUUUUUUCUAACUUUAUGUACAUAGAGUAACUAACGACUCCUAUGUGAACUCUGUCAAGUGAUAAGAGUGAUUUUCUGUAGAAAAGACGUUGGAAGUGAUAAAGAAGUAUUAGAAGGUGAAAGCAUUGAUUGUAUAAAUAAAACAUUAGGCCAAGCCCUUAUUGAUGUUUCUGCAAUGCAGCAUCCUUAUACCAGUCCCUCCCUUCUGUACUAAAUCCCAGUCGUCCCCCUUCUGUACUAAAUCCCAGUUGACCCCCCUCUAUACUAAAUCCCACCACCCCCCUUUACUAAACAAGCAGACUCCACUCACAUUGCUGCUGCAAGUAUGCGACUCUGGAGUCCAGCCUCUGGUAUUCCCCCAAUGGCGCCGUCCGCACCCUGUGCCAAAGCAGAUCCUCCUUCUACUCCUUGAAAACCUGUGAAGGUGGAGAAGGUAAUGUCACGUCGGAAUGUGACAUGGCAUUGCAUGCAUCCAUGCACCUCCAGGUCCUCCACUGUCCAGCCGCGGCCAUCGCAACACUCACCAACCGACACACACUCUCUCUGACACAAACACACUCUCUGACAUGCACACACACAUAUUUCCACAUUCUUGCACACACCAACAUCAUUUGAUUUAUUGCUCCCUACCUUUGGGAGCUGGUGUGGGGCCUCUUGUCUCGGGAGCUCAGUCUUCCUGCUCCUCACUUCUCCCUCACACGCGCAGUUUAGUGAUGCCGGGUGCCAGAAUGAUGUCAUAUUCCGGCACUACAGAGGACGCAUCGAGGGACCAGUGAGGAGCAUAAAGAGUGAGCGCCCUCGCUGCCGCCAGGGACCUCUCCUCCGGCCGGUACCAGGUAAAUUUGAGCAGUGUAGAUGCCUUCAAUGUAAGGAGAGCAGGUGCCUACUCUGCCUUGGUAAUCAUGGCAAGCUCACCGGGCCGCAAAUAUAUUCAUUGUGGGCUGCGAGUUUGACAUGCUUGAGGUAGAGUAAUGGUUAUCAGCUUUUGAUCCGGGGAGGGUAAUACUGUGGGAUAAUAUAACUACUCGUGUUCUGUCACAAGUAUAGAGUGUAAAAGUUCAUUACCCUGCCUGGGUGUAGAGAGACUUGUGAAUGUUGGGGUCAUGGGAGUAAGUGAUCUAGGUUCUGUUCCUUCAGUAGAAGGAGCGGCUUGCUUGUAGGUAGUGUGAAGUACUCCUGAGGGGUGUUACCCCUAACCAUAGGGGUAUCGGGGGGGGGGGGGCAAGAUCUAUAUUUUAAAUCCACAUCAUUAGACUAAAGUUGUUUAGGUACUUUGAGUGUCCAUUUAAAAAGACACUGUAGGCACUUUAAGCAUUCAUGUCAUUGAAUUAGCUCUAGUGCCUGGAGUUCUCUGGUUCACUGUUGAAUUAUUUACGAGCAGUUUUUGUUGAUUUAGGGUUGGUGGACAACCACAGCCCCUCACCCCUGGAGGUUUGGCUAAGGCAUAGUACACACUCCCUUCAAGCCCUACCAAUUCAUACCAGCAAUGGGCACAUUGAUACCCUAAAAGCGGUCAGCUGACACUCGCAGCCAAACAUAGCCACUCAUUGCUGCUCAGGCUCAUGCUUCCUCAUUAGAGAGUGAAUUGAUAAUCUAGAUGCUAAAGUAUGUUAAUUUAUCAGAUGGUAAAUUUUGCUCCCUCUCAGAUUAUUUGUUGGCGGUGUUGCUGGCACUCAUUCCAGCCAUUAAACUGGCAGUUAAAAUAAAGUAACCCGUUUGUGUAACAGAGGUACUUAAACUGGCUUUUGUAGUUUUAUGUGUUAAGGGUCUUUGCGUUAACAGUUGCUGCCUGGGGCAUGGAAUUUUAUUAGCAGAUAAAGGUGAGAAAAGGUAUUGUUUACAUUGCUCCUACUGCAGGGGCAUGCUCUAAACAACAGAACCACUACAUUAAGAUGUAGUUCUGGUGACUACUGUGUCACUUUAAAAACAGCUUGUUGCACAAAUUUGUUUGUACUUUAUUUCUAUAAUUGUCAGAGUCACUAUUUUCCUUCCUUCCUUCAAAGUAUGCCUUGAACACAUUUAACACACUCUUCUGGACAGCUAUCUCAGAUGUCCCACCUGGAAUCUGUUGAAGCCACUCCCCUAACUUGAGAGUCAAAGCCCCAAGUGCUCCUAUCACAUCUGGAACUACUACUGCCUUCACUUUCUACAUCCUUUCCAGCUCUUCUUUCCGUCCUUGGUAUUUCUCCACCUUCUCAUGUUGCUUCUUCCUAAUGUUAUGGUCACUGGGUAUUGCCACAUCCACCACGAAUGCAGUCUUCCGUUCCUUAUCUACCACCACGAUGUCGGGUUGGUUGGUCAGCACUUGCUUGUCUGUCUGGAUCUUGAAGUUCCACAGGAUUUUAGCCCUGUCAUUCUCGACUACCCUUUGUGCUAUCUCCCAUAUGGACUUAGGCAGGUCCAAUCCAUAAUCUGUGCAGAUGUUUCGGUACACAAUCUCAGCAAUUUGGUUGUUUCUCUUUGUGUAUGCUGUUCCUGCUAACAUCUUGCAUCUGGCUACUAGGUGCUAGACUGUCUCAGAGGCCUCUCUGCACCUUGGGUCUAGCCUGAUGUGAUAGACUCCAGCUUCUAUUGAUCUGUUGCUGAGUGCCUGUGCCUGUUCCUGUGCUGCUAGGAUUAGUGCCUCAGUGCUUUCUUUCAGUCCUGCCUUUUCCAACCACUGGUCGGAUUUUGUCAUGUGAGCCACAUCCACUAUCUGCCGGUGAUACACCCCAUGGAAAGGUUCAGUCUUAACAAGGAACCUCUUCUUUUUCUGCAUCCUCUAUCUGUUGAAAUCUCAGGCAUUCCCUUAGCAGUUCAUCUUUGGGAGCCAUCUUUAUGAUGUACUUGUGGAUGCUCUGUGUUUCAUCCAGGACUUUGGCCUUGACACUCAUCAGACCCCGACCUCCUUCCUUCCGGCAGGUGUACAGUCUCUGGGUGCUGGAUUUCAGGUGCAAUCCUCCAUUCAUAUUGAGUAGUUUUCUGGUCUUGACAUCCAUGGUGACCAGUUUUUCUUAUUUUUCUUAUUAUUCCAGCUGGGUAGGGCAUAUGUGUUGAUGGCUUGGAUCUUGUUCUUGUCAUUGAGCUGGGACUUCAGAACCUGUCUGACUCUUUGGAGGUACCUGGAUGUUGCUAUUCUUCUUGCCUCUUCCUCAUGGUUGCCAUGUAUUUGUGGUACCCCUAGGUACUUGUAGCUGUACUCUACAUCUUCUAUUUGGCCUUCUGGAACUUUAACUCCAUCUGUCCUGAUCAUCUUCUCUCUUUUUGCUAUCAUCCGCCCGCACUUCUCUAGUCCCAACGACAUUCCGAUGUCCUUGCUGUAUAUCCUAAUUAGGUGGGACAAUGAGUCAAUGUCCUGCUCAUUCUUGGCAUACAACUUGAUGUCAUCCUUGUAGAGUAGGUGACCAAUGGUAACUCCACUCUUGAUCCUGUAUCUGUAUUCACUCGUCUUGAUGACGAGUUAAGGGGGAUAGCGCAUCACCAUGGUAUAGGCCACAUUUGAUGUUCACUUGAGUUAUUGUCCUGGAAUUGGCUUCUAGAAUUGUUUUCCACUUGCUCACGGAGUUCUUGAUGAAGGCUCUUAUUGUCUGGCUGACCUUGUAGAGAGCCAAGCAUUCCAGUAUCCAUGUGUGUGGCAUUGUGUAAUAGGCUUUCUUGUAGUGAAUCCAGGCCAUGCACAGAUUUGUCUGUCUGGUCUUAGAAUCCCUUGUGACUGCUUGAUCUACCAGUAGUUGGCGUUUUGAUCCUCUGGUGUUGUUUCCAAUCCCCUUCUGAGUAUUGCUCAUAUAUUAAAUCAUAUGCCCUUGGAUCUUGGAGGCCGCAAUGCCUGACAGGAGUUUCCAUGUUGUGGGGAUGCGGGUUAUUGGUCGGUAGUUGGAUGGUAUUGUUUCCUUGUGAGUGAACCACAUUUUUGCCUCAUAAUGCCACUUUAUACAUGGAUUCCUUGGAGUAUGUGUCUGCUGUAUACAACAGCUUUGAAACACAACUCAGGAAGAGGAGCAAAGCGAGUGAACCACUAAUGAAUGCAACUCAUCAGCAUAUGGUUCACUGGCUUUGUUGUAUACAGCAGACACAUACUCCAAGGAAUCCAUGUAUAAAGUGGAAUUAUGAGGCAAAAAUGUGGUUCUUUGUUGAGCUAAUUUGCAUACACCUACCUAGAAUCCCCUGCAGUAGUGAGAUUUCUGUGGGAAAUGCAAGUCUUAUGGCUUUACUGGUGUGUGUAUUUGUGUUUAGCAAUGUGUGAAAUAAAUAAAUAAAUAUAUAUAUAUAUAUAUAUAUAUAUAUAUAGUUCAAGUAGAGAUUGUAGCCGUAUUAGUCCAGUGAUGUAGAUGUAAAAAACAGAUAAAAUUCGUAUCUUGUAAUACCUUUUUAUUGGACUAAGAAUUUUUUAAUGACAAGUUUUCGGGAGAACCUCCCUUUCUCAAGUCUGAAGCAUUUCUUUUUUUAUUAAUUCUUUAUUUUUGGUGCACAGAGAUUACAUACAAUAAGCUUGCAUCGCCACAAUAGCAGAGCAAACCAUGCAUUUUCAAACAGUUGAUAACAGUGGUAUGGCGUUAAUAUAAUAUGCACACAUUUUCGUUUUAGUUGAGUAAAACUUGCUAUUCAGAUACUUUUAAGACAACUGCAAUAACAGUAGGUCAUAUUGGAGGCGUAACUUGUCAAUGGUAGUGAGUAGAGAAGGUACAAUAUAGUAUGCUAUAUCAAGCAAUAAAUGAUUGCGUUUGCAAAUGAGUUGUGCCUAUUGUGAUUGCCUUCCAGUGUUAUGAAAACAGACUGAGCCAGCAUGUUGAGUAAUAUGAGCCCUAUGACAGUUUAGGGAGACAGAUAUAAUGGAUUAGGUCAGUGGUUAGACAUUUAGUUAAAUGUGUUGCCCCGGCUUAUACAGGUUAACUAGGUACUGUGCUACUCAAGGCGGAGAUAAGCCAUUUUUAAAGGCAGAUCCCCGUGUUCCUGACAUUCAGCCCGCUUAAACUGGUAGUAUGCUAAACACCCGUUAAAUGCUGGGAGUCACCAAAACUAAACAUUCUGUAUGUGCUGUAACAUCAGGUGAUAAUAUCUAGACAUUAUGGUAUCAAUCUAGUGAGAAUGUCCACAGGUAGGUUUCAGGGGGGUGUCGUCUUGUCCAGCACCCUCUAAGGUGCCGAGAGUCUUAGGUAGGGUUGGUGCUUGUGGUUUGCGGUGAUUCAAGCUCGCCCCUCCUGUUGCUGCUCCAGUCUUUCAGCCGAUGCCCCUGCGGUGUUCGCUAUUUGCUCUUGGACUCAGUCCGUUGCAAGGCGCAGCGUUGCGCGGUGUGUGGGGUGCUUCCCCCGCUUUGGGGUCGCUGUGAAGCCGGGUGUCUGCUACCUUGCGCCCGAGGUCUUGUGGGGUCUUGGGUCUUUCUGGGAGAGCUGGUGCUGUGGGCGCUGUGAGGUGACGGUGGGUUUCGCCAUUUGCCCCCUGCAGCCUUCUGCUUAUGUGGCUGAGGUGUUUGUUGUGGUGUGUGGCUGCAUAGGGUCCCACUCCGGUGCUGCAGUUGGUGCUUUGUACUCUUUCGCCGGUGAGGGUGGCGUGUGUUGUUCGCACCCCGUGUGGCUCUGGGCCCAGUUUGGGACCCGCUCAGUUGCUCCCUGGUCUGUUGCUCUUUAGGGCGAGGGGCUCUGUCUGCUUGUCUUGUUAUGGAUGAAUUAGCUGUGGUGCUGCCCAUUGGUGACAUUGGAGGCUGUUGUCUGACCUCUAGUCUAGCCCAGAACUGCUUGCAUAUGGCCUCAAAUCUGGUUUGAAAGUCAAUUGCCCAUUCGCUGGGGGUAUGCCGUGUAUCUAUGGCCUGGCCUUUUGUCUCGUGUUUGUCAGCAGUCUGUAGGUUGGUACCUGAUUGCAUCUGGCCUCCAUGCUGUGCUUGCGUUGGUGAGGGUCGUUCAGGUGCGUCCGCCAUCUUGGGAGGCUCACCAUCCCUACAUCUUUUUCGCGGUAAACCAGCUGGGGCCUGCUUUGAUGUCUGCUGCGGGGCGUAGGGGACCGGGAUGACCCCCACCAGUCUAUAGGGGGGGGAACGGGGUCCCAUGCCGAAAAUAGUCUCGCACUGUGGCCGAGGGACAGCGGCUGUCUCUCCCGCGUUAUCCAUGUGCGUCUCGCUUCAGAUUAGCCCGUCGGGCCUAUCCGUGGUUCUGUCAGGGUCAGGUGCAAGAUUUGGGUGUCGAUGUGUGCCCCUUCGGAAGCGGACCGGCCCCCGGGUCUCGGUGGGUUAUUCUCGGCAGGCAGAUUGUCACAUAGGCGAUGUUUAUGGGCCGAUUUGUCGGAGCCGUGAGAAUGCACGUCCGGCCAUUUUGGCUGUCAGGCCCCGCCCCCAAGUCUGAAGCAUUUCUGAGCAAGACGACACAUAGAAUUCAAAGCGGAGUUGUGAUACAAGGGUUAAAGCGACAUGAGUGCAGAUAAGACACAGGAUUGUUAGAAAAUAGACACCAUUUUUGCAGAGGGUCAUAAAUAUCUUUCUGAAGAGUAGAGUGUGGGGGGAGAGAGGGAGAAGAAUUUUAUAUACCAAGAGAUAGAUAGAUAUAUCUUGGUAUCCAAAUUAAGUAAAUGUGGCUGGAAGUAUGCAUAUCUUCUAGUAGUGCUGAUUGUGGCAUUUAUGUGUUGCCAACUGAGGAAAAAUGAUUAAGUGUGCCUUGUAUUAUCUCUGUUUGAAGUCUCCUUUGAUUCAAACAAAGGUUGGGAACCGCUAACUGAUUUUACUGUUUGCAUUUGUGAAGUAAAAUAAAAUCCUUAAAAUUGAAUUGUAAUGUCCCAUCAAAUGUAGAGAUGGUAAAUAUUCUGGUUGCCUACCAAAAGGUGGCACAGAUAUAAUUUUAUGUACAUUAGAUGCAAAUGCUUACAGUUGCAUCUACUAUAUAACUAAUGGAAUUUACCAUCAAAAAACUGUUUAAUUUUUACUUCAUAGUGUUUCAUUUAAAGUCAUCUCAAUACCAGGUGCUUAAUAUUUUUUUUCUCACUUAAUCUGGAGUGUUGGCUAGUAACACUGUCUGCUAGGCACUCAAGUAUUAAUAAACAACCAUAACAUGGUCACCUUUUGGACCCAGUGGGCGAAUGACCUUCUACGCUGUCACACAUUCAGUGGCAAGAAAAAGUAUGUGAACCCUUUGGAAUUAGUUUUUCCCUUUGGAUUAGAGGCAGUCCACAACAACAGUGAUAUGCACCAACACUUGACAGAAAGGCAGGCAGGCAAUUAGAUUGAUUUAGAAGUUAAGCUCCUUCUAAUACUCCACAGUAUAAAACCAUACACAAACCCCAAAAAGGUAUCCAUCUUGUUCCAUACUUAGACUAUUGGCUCCUCACAGCUUUCUUUACGAGAAAAACUUCUACAGGAUAUAGGUUAAGAGACAUCUCAAAAUUCCUGAAAAUCAUCAAAUCACAGAGAGCUCAAACCAGUGCAAUUGGCCCUCCUGAGUUUAAGUAAACCUCUUUAGGGACAUCAAAUUCAAGUCAGAUUGGAAAAUGUGACCACAGUUCCAUAUCUACACAGGCAAAGUGGUACUCUGUCUACCUCACUGGCAAGGUUGUGUACCAAAGUGAUGCUUUGAGGACCAGUUAGCAAGGGGUCCAAAUCUGGAUCCACCAAAGGGCAAGCUAUUUGAGCAAUUGGCCAUUCUCAGUAUCUUCUUGCGCCAUUUAAUUUUGCUCUCCCUAAGUUAAAGUGGUAAUCAAGAUGUGGACUCCUUGCUCGCUGUGCCUAGAGGGGUAUCGGCUAUACCUCACUGACGAGACAUGGCAAGGCUAAAAUGAUCGUCUGGGAUUGCUGUAUUCCUCAUGGAGAGACGGCCUGCAUUUUGGAUCUGGACCACCCUUUUUGGUGGGAUCAGUCUGAUGUGCAAAUGUCUUAGGUUUUCUCUGUAAUGACACAAGAUGAGCUGAGAUCUGAGCAGGGACUCACCAGAGGGCAAGCUAUUUGAACUGUUGUCUGUUUUCUUUUUAUCCUCUUGCACCAUGUUUUUCUUUUUCUUUCUUUAUUUUAUGCUGUAGUGUCCUGCUUUCUAUUGUGGUGCCCCCCUGCAGUGUGGGGAUUUGAAGGGGGAGUAUUGCUAACCUUUCAGCCCUUGCCAUACUAGUGUUCAUCCUACUGCAUUGCAUUGAGAUGAAGUGGUCUUUGGUGCCUAUAGUCUUUUUGUUCACAAACACACCCUUUUCUGUUUACCAGAGCCAUUCUGGAAUCCCAUAGUUAGUAUUUAUUUACUUUAGAUACAUCUGCAGAUUUAUUUUUUGUUGUUGUUUUUAUUUUACUUUAUUUAUUGUUAUGCUUUGUAUUUGUUUUAUUCAUGAUAUAAUGUUGUUUUUAUUUUUUCAUUUUAUACAGAACUGACAGUCGUCUAUGUGUGCGGCAAACUGUUCUCUAUUCAAUCAACUCUUCUUCUGCCACUCCACAGAGAGUUGUCCAAAAUGUAGACAUAAUCAAUCCAGAUGUUUUCUGCAUUCAAGCAACAAACUGUAUGUACUUGUAUUCCUAUACUAAAGAGACACUGCUAGUUCUUCUGUUGUGGUUAACUUUUCUUUUAUUUAGAAUACUUACCAGGAGAUCAGAAUUCCAAUCUAAAGAAGCAAUAUUAUUUUUUGUAAUUAUAUAAAAGGCAUUAAUCAAAUUUCAUUGUCUGGAGUAAGAGUCCAUAUGAGUAGCUGACUGAUGUAUCCAUAUCAAACCUUGCUCGCCAUAGAUGUCUUGAAGGAUAAACUUCAAGAUGCACACAAUGGUUACUCCAUCUUUUGGUAGACUCUGUGUGAGCUAAAGAGCACAGAAUACAAAUUGGAUACAAAGCAGAAACAAAGCAAUGUUCAUUAGAUUUCAGUACACUUAAAGGUUAGCAAAGAGUCAUGGGAUGUGUAGUUCUUUAACACCAGGGGAUCUACUUUAGAUAUAUGUUUUUAAUUCCUUCAUAGUCUGGGAAGGGUUGAGCAUCUUAAAUGGACUGGCAUAAUGAGAAGACUGUGUGCUGCAUACUAAUUUGUGUAAAUAGUGUUUGGCUUUAUUUUGCUUUUAUUAUUGUGCAUUUGUUUGUCCCGGAAUGUAUUGUAAAUAUCUGUUUAUUAAAAGCAGGAGGCAUUGUAUAAGAAAGACAUACAGUGUAAAUAUUUAUUGUUUGCACAGGUAUCUCUGGGAUUUGUGUGGCAUUAGCAAAAUUGAUAUUGGUCCAAAACACCUUUUUACACUUUAGAAAGACAAGUUUCUGAUUUAGUAUAAAACAUUGACAGGGCGUGAAAACCAUGCAGGUUUUUUUUCUCAGGAGAUUUUAGAGCUUCCCCACCCUCCUCCUGAGAAAAUGAGCUCUGAAAAAGAGUUACCAAAUAAAUAUUUAGUUUUUAAAAUAAACAUUUAUUUGUCCAGAGUCUAAACAAGAAGAGAUAUAUACGAGUCAUGAUGUGUUGAAUAUAAGAUGUAAAUAUUAACAUUUAACCUAUUUCAAACGAUGUGAUAGCUCAGCCGAUAUCACAGGUUUCCUUCCAUGCAUAGUCAACUGAGCUUCUCACUUGUCAGAAUUCAAUCAGUUCAUUACUACUUAAUUAGCUAAUAACAUCUAGACUCCAGCAUGUACUUGGAACUUAAAAAGCUUAAAACAUAUCUGUCAGAGGUUAGAUAGCAGUGUAAACGUUAUCAAUGGGUUGCUCCUUGUAUUCAAUUCUGAACAGUUUUUUUUUUUGUUUUUUUUUUAAAUUUGCAUUGUACACCUGUCUGUCUUUGCACAGCCAGAUAUAUCAUACUUUUUCAUUUUACUCCCAUGGUAUGCAUUGAAAUGGAUUGCAUGAGAACCUAGAGCAUCACAUGGUGCCCUGAUAACAGAGGUCCGAUGGAGAGAGAGAGAUCUAUUUUUAUUUAUGUUUUAGUUAUGUUUAUUGUGCUACGUAUGCCACUAAGAACUUCAGUAGUGUCUGCUCUGUAGAAAGAGUAAGGAAUUUUAAAGCUGGCCACGUUAUUCACCAAACUCCAAAUUGUAACUCACUCCAACUCUACUAUAGUUAUAGCUUGGCUAUUGUAGUCUCACAUUUGCUAUUUCAAUGUUAAGUUUAAUGAAUAACCCAUAAAUGUAUUUACUUUAAGUAAAAUAAUAAUAUUAAAGUAGAGGUAUACAGAUCUAAACGUUGAUAGAUUUACUAUGCUUAAUACAUGGUGAUUGGUUAGUUAUCCUUCAUACACCUAUAUAUAUGCUUUACAUGGUGUUUGCCUUUUCUUCCCUUAGAUGAGCCAGGGUUGUCCUUUAUUACUCCUGAUGUUCCAUCAGAGUCUAACUUUGAUAGUCUGUUGAAAGAGUUUGGAGGAAAUGUAUUUAAUAAUGAAGAGAACACUGCAAAUUUUGUUGGCUCCACUCAAGCACGCACAGCUACAAGAUACGAGGUAAAUAUGUGUGUAUUUUCAUAUUGUGCAGGCCUGUGGAGUGCACAAGCCCUAUGGUUACACAGGUCCUUUGCAAAGAUGGAGGGUACCGUGACAAUUCUGCACUCUCACAGUAUGUAUAGUGAAAAGUGUGGCAAUAGCUUAACUACGACAGUCCACUGUGUCCCUGCUCAGAAAGCAAUCUGCUAUAUGAUUAUCAUCUGACAUGAUACACUAAAGAGGUAGCCAACAAAGAAAUAUUGCAUUGUGAGGUGAGUUAUUAUUAUUAUUAUUAUUAUUAUCAUUUAUAUAGCGCCAACAGAUUCCGUAGCGCUUUACAAUAUUAUUAGAGGGGGGGAUUUAACUAUAAAUAGGACAAUUACAAGAAAACUUACAGGAACCAUAAGUUGAAGAGGACCCUGCUCAAACGAGCUAACAGUCUAUAGGAGGUGGGGUAUAAAACACAUUAGGACAGGAAAUACCAGUCAAAUUAAGUGGGAGUGAAGCAGAGCUGGAGGAGAGAGUAGAGUGCUGCCCUUUAGGAGAGAGCAAGAGCAUUUUGUGUACUCAAGAAUGCCCAAAGUGCAUGUACACAAACAUGUCUGGUGCCUAGUUCAUUCAUUAAAGUAACACUAUAGGGUCAGAAACACAAACAUGUAUUCCUGACCCUAUAGUGUUUAACCCACCAUUUAGGAGGCUGGCCCCUUCCCUUUAAAAGCAAUUAUAACAUACCUUAUUUACAGCGCCGCGCUGGCCCCGCCCCAAAAUAUGCCUCAUUAUUAGUAACAUCAUCAGAAUUGCUGGACAUUGGCAACGAGGUGGGAUGGGGCCAGGGCCAAACAUCAUUUUGGCCACUCAGCACCUCCUCAUAGAUAUGCAUUCAAUCAAUGCAUCUCUAUGAUGAAAAUUCAUCGUCCCAAUGCAGAGCGUGGAGAUGCUGAAUGGCAGGGCUGCUUACUGUGCAGCCCUGAGCCAGGAAGCUUCUCCACUGGCCAUCUGAGGAGUAGCCACUUGGCAGUGUCCCUAGAGGGGAUAUAAACACUGCCUUUUCUUUGAAAAUGCAGUGUUUGCAUAGAAAUGCCUGAAAACAAUGAUUAUACUCACUAGAACAAAUACACUAAGCUGUAUUUGUUGUGUUGACUAUAGUGUCCCUUUAACUGGUAAUGCCAUAAACUGAGACACACCACAUAAAAAGACUGAGAUCCUCCUCAAAUACCUUUUAUUUAUAAGUCCUUAGAAAAUGAAAACAUCUCAUAACCCCUACCAUAAACAAAGUGCUUUGGCAACGCAGGUAUCUACAAUAUUGACAAAAUGAAAAGGGAAAAAAAAGUUUAAGAUUAAUAAUGUGCUGAAUCAAAAUCUCUCUAUUUUACUAAAGUGAAUUUAAAAUGUAAGGGUUGAAUAACUGAAUGCAUAGCUUGCUUAGAGAAAUUUUCCAGGUCAGCUAUUUUGAUCCUAAAGUUGAAAUUCACUUUGAAUUUCCAUUUUAGUGAAUAAGCCUGUCAAAUCUCUACAACAUAAUACAUGAUUUUGGCUACAUUACUGAUAUCAUCUGAAAAAGCAAGUUGGUGAUAAAAAUGUUGAGAGGGAGAUUUGUUUACAGUAUUACACAAAUAAUGAGCAGAUAAACCAUCAGAACGGAGUACUCCUCUCUGAACCAGGAAAGGAUACUUUAAAUGUCGUUAUUAUUGCAGUUGAUUAAAUAUAUGUUUAUACAAUAUAAUGCAUUGUACAAGUCUUUACAUUUUCAAUUUUCAGUUUAGAAUUCAGUAAUGAUUUUCAUUUUUACUUUACAUAGUAUGGAUCACCGAUCUUAACUUCCGACUCUUUCUUUAAACUUCCUACUCCACUGGGUACCAACGCCUGCACAGAUAAUAGUCCUAUAGGUAAGAUUUUGUACUUUCUAUUACUUAAAACUGAACAAUAAUUCAUACCAUCCUGGAUUUGUAAGAAUAAAAAUCCACUCUGAUGUUUCCAAAGAGAUUUUUCUGGAUAAAGUUGUCCAUGCCUUCCUGUUGGUAGUCUUAUAACCUAGUCUUGACCCAAGUUUGAAUGAUCACAACAUUCUCAUUCUGCUUUACAAUAUAGUGCAAGCUACUGUGGUUAUCUAAAUGUAAGAAACACAUCACAGUAAUGGAAUCUGAUAAGUAGUAGGUUAGAAAACAGGAAAAAGACUAUGGCACAGCUAAAGAAUUGGGCUCCUUACUGCCAAACAUGUUUUAGUUUUUUUAGGCCAAAUUAAGUGACAUCAUUCCCAAUCUAUCUCCUAUCACCUUCCUCAUGCUUUGUUCCUCUUCUCUUUACACAUCCAUUGGUGGUUGCUCCCUCUCCGGGUCCGGGGGUGUGAUACACAUUGAGCACAGUCUAGUCCCACAUGCAAUACCCCAAACAGCCCCCACACACUACCAAACACACACUGUGACAUAUCCAUCCACACACACACACACACACAAUUCCACAAGCAGCCCCAAUACACAGCCCACAUUCAUAUGUAUCGUACACAAUACCAUAAACUACUCAUGAAUAUAUUCAAUAUAAUAGCUCAUAUACUCAGGGCCGUCUUUAAUGCGGGGCAAACUGGCCAGCUGCACCGUGAGCCCUGCUGGCCUAAACUAUUUCUAACCCUCUGGCCGGUAAUCCGCACACUAAGGAGGCCCACUGGGUGGCCCAUGCACAAAGGACCACAGCGCGAGUGGACCCCUUGCUUUUCGGCAGCAGGCUGGGAGGAAGUGACGGCCGCGCAUCACUUCCUCCCACAAAGAGAGGAGCACGCGGGAAAGAAGAGUAGGCAGAUUGGAGGGGGACUGGCCGAGAGCGCUAGACCCCAACUCCCAACACCUUCAGCCACCAGCAGGAAAGGUAGGAAACUGGAUUUGGGUUUUAAAGUGUAUGUCUUUGUCAGUAUGUCUGUCAGUGUGUGUGUGUGUUAGUAUGUCUGUGUGUGUGUGUGUCAGUAUGUCUUUGUGUGUCAGUAUAUCUGUGUGUGUGUCAGUAUGUUUGUAUGUCAGCAUGUCUGUGUGUGUGUCAGUAUAUCUGUGUGUGUGUGCGCAUUUCAGUGUGUAUAUAUCUCUGUGUGUGUGUAUAUGUGCAUACAUCUCAGCAUUCACACAUUAACACUACACACAAAUACACCCCUGCAUUCAAAUUUCAACACUACGUACAAACAAGUCUGUGUUACACACCAAAAUUAUAUGUAAAUACACCCCUGCAUUCAAAAACCAACACUACACAAAUACAUGCUUGCAAUCACGCCAACACCACAUACAAACAUAUUCCAUACAAAAACCUGUUUACCUUCAAACACACAAAAACUGCUUAGUGUUAAAUACAGACCUGCAAACAUGGGUAAAUGGUAGAGCCCCAGCUGUCAAUGCAUUUCUGGAGUUGCACAACAGAUGGGGAUCUACCUUUUAAUCACCCGUGCAACAGGGAGACCCCCAAAAAUUCUUGCACCUCUCUACUUUAGGUCCGCCACUGCCUUGAGGUGGACAACGUGAUUGCAUGCCUGGGGAGGGGGGACAGGGUCCAGGGGGCCCCAAGCAAAUGCUUUGCUCAGGGUCCAGUCACUAUUAAAGACGGCCCUGCAUAUACGCACAAAUACAACGAUACAAAGCAAUUACAGUAAAAAUAACACAAGCAGAAUAUGGCAGCAUAUACCACUCGAUUUAAAAAAUAAAAAUAGGACCGGCACGCUAUGGGACAUCACAAUCCUAUAUCGGCACAGUGCUGCUAAAAGGUUGCCUACCCCUGAUCUAGUCAUUUGUGGUCCAGAGACGCUAAUCUUGCUAGACCUCCACUGAGAUUUGUGUAUCCCACCUUACUCCUGUGUUUACCUGCCUGGAUAGGCACCUGCGAGUACCACUCAAGUUGCUACUGAAAAAUUGACAACUACACAUAAGUAAAUGGAAAACUUUCCUUUAUUGUGGUUUUAUGCAGAAUCUUCUUGGGAAAAUAUUGUUCUCUUCAUUGAGACCUGUGUGUUUCUCUUUCUGAGAAUUAGGAAGUUGGAACCUGCGAUUCCCAGAUUUUCUAUUGACCUUACUGUUUAACUGACUCUGCACAUAUAUCUUGUCUGGUUUACAAUAAAAAAAAGAUAUUUACAAAAAAACAAAAGAAAAGUGGCGGCAUCAGACGGGGUUGGAAAUUAUGAUAGAAUCUGCCACAACAGUUACGCUGGUUAGAUUCUAGUACAGAAGCCAAAAUGGGCGUAAAACAGUGGUUCCCAAACUUUUUAGGUUCAAGACUCCCUUAAUAUUUCAGUAUUUUUCCAAGGCACCCCAAGUCAAAAUGUCUAGGUUGUAUAUCUGUACAGCGCUGCAGCAUUUACUGGCACUAUAGUGUAAUGUACAGUAUUGGUGUUUGAAGGGGUGCUUGUAUAUAGUUAUUGUGUUUUAUUACAGGGGUGUGUUUGUAUGUAAUGUUUGUGUUUAAUUGCAGGGGUGUUUCUAAAAGUGUCUUUUAAAUGCGGAUGUACAUUUGUCUGAAGAAUUUGUGUUUGAGUGAAGGAGUGUGUUUGUGUAUAUAUAUUUUUUAGUUUGAAUGCAGGGGUGUGUGAAUGUAAUAUUUGAGUUAGCUUGCAGGAGUGUGCUUGUAUGUUGUGCUGGUGUUUGACUGCUUGGAUGUAUGCACAUACACUACUGCAUGUAUGCAUGCAUGCAUACAUACAUACAUACAUACUUACACGGAUAUUCAUGCACAUUAACACACAGAUGCAUAUAAAUACACCUACACAUACACACAAAUUCAUAAGGACACCGACACUGACACAUACAUAUAUAUAGAUAUACACCAACAUAUACACACACGCACCCUGACACACACAAACAUUGAUACAUGCCCACACUAUGACACAGAUACACACACUGACAUAAAAACACACACUCGUACACACACUAAUACUCACACUCAUACUCACACACAUACAUGAAAAGCCACCCAUAUAAAGCAAACAUUAAAGCAGAUUGAUGCUCCAAAUCAAGAUAGUGAAUGCAAUUUUGCCACAUCACAUCACAGAGAGCAUUAUGCUUACCUUCAGUUGUCUAGGUUACAACUGUGCACCAAAUCCCAUGCAGCAGGUAUUAUCAUUGAACAUAUUUUGUUUUGCUUGAGAAAAGACACAGGGAUACUUAGUAUUUUUGUUUCCAAAUGAUUCAAUACUGUUAAAACACCUACUAAAUUAUUUAUCUACAACCAUUCCAUAGAUUUAAAUGGUUACCUCUGUAGAUAAAUCAUUUGGAAAGUUUGUCUUUUUUUCUAACAGUAUUGAAUAUUUCGGAAAGCUAAUUCACUUGAGGUCUUGUUAGGAAGGGUGACACUAAAAAGACAUGGACAUGUAUAAUCAUGCUUCAGUUUUUCUCCUAUUCAAUGUUUAGCUCUUUUUUUGUUUACCUGUUCACAGGUUUCCUCAUGAGUCAAGAUUUCAAAUGUAGUCGAAACACAACGAUAACUCCAUGUCCUACUGUAUUAUCUCUUAGGACAUACACAGAUGUUGGCAUUUUGACUGUAAGUAUGCAGGAAGUGCCUCACUCAAUAGUCUGAUGUCUUUAAGCAUAAUUCCAAAUAUAUACUUGUCAGAUAAAACACAUGUAUUUGUUUAUUUAUUACAGGUGCCAAAUUCUCAAAUUGUGGUAAGUACAAGAUGUUUGUUUAUUGUCUUAUUUUAUUCUUUUGCUUUAAGUCAAGAUCAAAUAACAGUUUUACAGCAGGAAAAGUAAGUGCACAUGUCAAGUAUCCACUUGACAUCAUUUUCUUUUUUAAAUUUUAAAAUGUAAACAACAUAGUCUAAUUAGUUAUUAGCAUUUUUUUAUUUUUUAUUAUUACUGUUCACAUUAAGAUUACUGCAUCAUCGUGCCAGCUAGCAGCAAGUGCCCUCUGAGUAGAGUUAUUUUGCUGAACCACUUUAGAGCAGUGGUGGUAACCCUAUUUAUAGGAUGUGAAAGAUAAAAAAAAUUCCUUUGGAAGACACUGAAAGGAGGUCCUUUAACCUGUUCUGAUAGUGGAUUACUUUUUGUAAUUAAAGUUGUUGUUUUUUCCAAUAUAAAACAAGGUCACAGUAGUAAACACAGAUAAAGAGCAUAGACCAAAGUAGGCAUUAAACCACAAAUUUAGUUAAAACAUGUAUUGAUAGAUAGUUUUGGACAAGUCUUCCACGUGGAGACAUGUUGCCCUCAAUUCAUAAACUCUCCAUCAGAGAUCAGUUGGUGUCUUGUGCAUUCUGAGCAAUUUGACAGGUAUAGCAUACAAUUUAGACAUACUUUUGUACAUUUGUUCUUGGUGUGUAACACAAAUGGAAACCUUAGAAGCCGCCUCCAACUGUCCUCCCUCAGCGUACCUUUCUGAACCGGUAUCUCAGUCCCACAGUAAGUAGCCAGUUUUCAAAUGGUUUUACACUUACUUGAGUCAUUGGGUGUCUCCUGUCUGGCCCUCUCCUCAGAUAAACCUAAAGCAUGACGUAUAUACAUUUCUUCUCUGUUUUGGAUGGAGCUUUGUCCCUGUUGGAAAUUUCAGGCUGUCAGUCAAUUCGGCGGUAUUGAUACACUAAUGCAGAAGUAAGGACUUUCACUUUACUGAAAUUUGGAGUGGGAGCUGCUCCAAGGUAAAUGUUAAAAUGGUUUGACUGCUAACCUUGGGGGACAGCAGGAGAGUGAUCCUUUAACUUUUAAACUACUACAUAAAGACAUGAAAAACUUUUUCCUAGGGGGUCAGAGCUUGACGACAAUGCUGGAUGGUCGCACGGCAGAGGAACUCCUCUGAUUUUUGCAAACUUUGUCAAGAAGGCCUUUUUAAAAAAUAGUUUUUUCGAAUACACUAACCUGCUGGGGCAUCUGUAGGUGACUGCAGGGUGCUACAAAAGCAGCAUGCCUAAGAAUCGCAAAAUUCCUCAAUAUCAGGGACUUCUGUUCUGGGCUAGGGAAAAGGAAGAUCCCUCGACAGAACUUUUAUCUAGUUAAAAGACUAGUUAAAGGCCCACUAUAGGCACCCAGACCACUUCAUUUCAUUGAAGAGGUCUGGGUGCCAGGUUCUCCUAGUUUUAACCCUGCAGCUGAAAAUAUAGCUGUUUUCUUGAGUAAUGCUUUCCUAUGGGCGGGUUUGAAUGCACACGCGCCUCUGGCCACGCAUGCGCCUUCGGCUCCACUCGAAAGCUGACGGCAGGGGAGGAGAAUUCACCAGCACCGGGCUCCCGCUGGAUUAAGGUAAGUGGCUGAAGGAGUUUUAACCCCUUCAGCGCCGAGGGAGGGGGGCACUCCAAGAGCCUAUAGUGCCAGGAAAACAGGUUUGUUUUCCUGGCACUAUAGGAUCCCUCUAAGCCAGCCAGCAACAAUAUGCUUACCUCUUUCAGACCAGCUGGCUGAGGAGCGACACCCUUGGGCAAUUUAGCAAGCACUCCCCUCGUCUCUCAGAAGAUUCGCUUUCGUGGGCUAGGAGUCAACUGCGGUAGAUACCCCACACCCUCGUAGGGUCUUGCGGUUUCCGGUAGAGGCAUUGUCUACCUCGGACACAGCAACCCGCCACGAACAGUGCUCUGGACUUUACCCAAGUUCAGGACAGUGGGGAUAUGGUGACAACUCUUGUGCAGGCCUGGGACUGGUAUGAUGCGGUUACAGGAUUCCGAGAUGGCUACAACAGACAGCUGACCAUGCAUAGGCCAUUACCUAGCAGGAUCAUGGGUUAAUACCGUUUUAUUUAGUGCCUUCAGCUUAGCCUUUGAUUUGUUCAGCCUUUUGUUUUUCCUAUUCAUGCUAUCAAGCUUACUUGUUCUCUCUUAGCAAAAUGUGUGCUCCAAGUGGCAUAUCUUGCGGUCAUACGCUUUCUCUGUUUUAGUUAGAUACCACCACCUCUAAGUCUCUCCAAGGUGCAAAUUAAUUGUUUUAUUCUUGUUGUUUACUUUGCCUAUAUUAUCUUACAUAUCUUUCAUUCCCUGCUUCUUAUGGCAACCUACUCCUAAGUACCUGUGACUACCCUACCCGUUCAUGUUCUGGGUGGUUAGAUCUAAGUGGAUGAGAUCAAAGUGUGGCUAUGUCUAAAUUGUUCAGUUGCUCAAGAAACUUUUUCCUGAAAUUGUGCAAUUCUCUCAUACAUGCAUGUAUUAAUGCAGAUGUUAUCACUUAUAUGAUAUUCAAUCUAUGUAUUUAUCGCAUAUUCUGUGUAAUUAUUACCGUCACCACAAUAAAAAAGGAUUUACAAAAAGAAAAACUUUUCCUAAAAGGUAGUUGGGGGAAUUAUAAGUGGUUCUGAUGUUUCAACAACUAAAACUCCUUCCCUAACACAAGUAAUAUUUUUGUAUUUUAGAUUAAUGUUACAGUAACAUCUGUUACUCUGAAAUCACUAAAUGGUACUCUCACACCAGGAAGUAUUGCUGAUUUGGAUAACACUACACAAAAUUGCAGCUGGGUGGUUUUGGAGGUAAGUUCUUUAUGUUUAUAUUUUUGUAUUUGUAAUUUUUAAUUUUUUUAUAGGUAUGAACAAUCAUAGCUCAAAAAUUCAAGUCCCAUACUACUACCAAGGCCUUCAUUUUACUUGCAUACUAAUAGAUGGUUAUAGCUCAAUAUUCAAAUUACUCAAGCACGGCCAAGUUAUCUCUGUUGCACCUUACCACCUGUUGAAGGGAUACUACAAUCAUUACCAGUGUGAGUCAAAAUGUGUACUUCCGCCCACACACAAACUAAAGUUGGCCAGUCAUGGUACACACAUGUUUAAAUUAAAAGUAAAUUAAAUGCCAUCUAUACAUGGUGUUAGCAGAUAUAAUAGUAAAUGUAUUGAUUAGAAAAAAGAACCCGUUUUAAAAAUAGGCACAUCCCACACAUCAGGUCUUUGGCGUAGACCUCUAUCAUGAAGAACUGACUGACGGGAGAGCAGGAGAACCCUCCUUCAUGUGGUUCUCAUGCUUUCAAGCACAGCAACAACACUAUGGUUGAUAUGAUGAAUCUCUAGCCAAUACUUCGAGUUCUGGCUAGAGGAGACUAGGCACAGCGUGUCAGCAUCAUGGAGAAAGAUUGCCAAUCCUAUCACAUUGUGAGUAGGACAGAAAGUGUAACACCCACUGUAUCUUAUUGAUUAUACUCCCUUCUGUGCCCCUUGUCUUUAUAUUUAUUAUGUUUUCUUCUUUGUGCCGGAUCUCAAUACCUGGGCACUGCCGUUUUGUUCUCCUCUGUCCAGGAUGUCUACAGUUUGCCCUUUUGUGGGAUUAUUGUGACUGAUGGAUUGUAGGUAAAUUAUCUUUGCAACUCAAAAGAAACUUUGUUUUAAACUGCAGCCAUUGACACAAUUUGUCAAAGAUCAUGCUCCCUAUAAGAAAAAAAUAGUCCCUACAUUUUCUUAUGUUUAACAAAACUAAGCGGAAUUUAUAAAAUCAAAAACAAAGAGAAGGACAAAUAACAAUUAAGUUGAAACUAAAACUUACAAAGUGACAGUGCUACUUUAAUGGACAACUGUCAUCAAAUUUUUACUUCUUGUUUUAUAAAACUGAAUUAGAUUUAAAGAAGCUUAAUAAUUUCUAUUGAUAACAUUUUCUAAAAAUAAAAAACUUUUUUUGCCUAACUUGCCUGCUGCUGCAGGCUCACACAGUUAGGUUGAGCAGCAGCUGGUCAGAUACCAAUAGUAUACAUAAUCCUUAAAAAAAAAAAAAAAGUUAUUAACCCCUUAAGGACCAAACUUCUGGAAUAAAAGGGAUUAAAGGACCACUAUAGACACCAAGACCAGUUCAGCUCAAUGAAGUGGUCUGGGUGCCAGAUCCCUCUAGUUUUAACCCUGCAGCUGAAAACAUAGCAGUAUCAGAGAAACUGCUAUGUUUCAAUGAGGGUUAAUCCAGCCUCUAGUGGGUGUCUCACUGACAGCCUCUAGAGGCUCCUCCGCAAUUCUCCCUUUGAAAAAUCACAGUGAGAAGACGCUGAACGUCCAUGGGAAAGCAUUAAGUAAUGCUUUCAUAUGGGCUGUUUGAAUGCGCGUGGCUCUUGCCGCGCAUGCGCAUUCAGACCUGACAUUGACAGGGGAUGGAUAGUUCCCCAGCACAGAGGGAGCCCGGCACUGGAGAAAGGUAAGUGGCUGACAGGAGGGGGGCCCUGAGGGUGGGGGGGACAUAAUGACCUUUUAGUGCUCCUUUAAGUAUUGUUUAAAUGUAAUGCAUUUUUUUUUUUAAAGCGUGAAGUGCAUGGAUGACAUUUGUCCUAAAGACUUUACAGUCUAAGUACAGUAUCAUUUAGAAAUAAGUAUUUUUAAAAUAUUAAUGUUAAGCUAUAUUUUUGAAAUAUAUUUAAAUAAUAUUUUUAAAUAAUUUUACUCCAUUUUUAUGCUAUCCCUUCCAGGGUAGUUACUUGAUGACAUAUACACAACAAGGUACAAUUACAAAUGUCACAGCUUCUUUCACCCUGGGAGCAAUCGACAGUUUGGUGCUUCCUCUACAGCAAAGUUUUCAAAUUCGUUUUACUCAGGUAUGUAAUGUAUUGUGAGAGUGUAUCUGUCAAAUCAGUGAUAAUCUGUUAGUCAUUGAGUGUAUGUGUGUCUGUCAAUGUUUGUAUGUCUGCAUGUGUGUCUGUCAAUGAAGGAGUGUGUGUUUCAUACCAGUUAGUCUGUGUCUGUCAGUGACGUCUUUGUUUGUCACUGAAUGUGUAUGUGUGACUGUUAGUUUGUGUCUGUCAGGUGUGUAUGUGUAUCUGAGAGUGUGUUUGUGUCAUUCAAUGAACGUGUGUGUUGGUUAAACAGUGUGUGAGACAAUGACUGUCAGUGGGUGUAUGUGUAUCUGAGAAUGUGUCUGUCAGUUAAACGGUGUGUGUGCCAAUAAGUGCGUGUAUGGCUCAGUAACAGUGUGUGUGCUUGAAAUGAUUAGGUCCGAAGAGGAAAAGAUGGCGCUUUAAAAGGAAAAAGUAGUGCCUAAAGAGGAAGGUGUGGGUCUUAAACAGGAUGAGGUGCGGCCUUGACAGGGAGGGAUGGGGUAAAUUUAGAUUAGGGGGUGCCCAGGUUUAGUCAUGCCUAGGGAAGCAUGAAACCAAAAUACACCACUUGGCACCACUUGUAUUAUUAACACUAUAGUUUUCCUUUAAGAAGGGAUGGAAAAAAUGACACAGAGAGAGCAGAGUAGCAAAUAUCAUUGAGGUGGUGCUUUGAAGUUAAUUUCACAAUAACAGAUGUAGUAAAAGAAUUGAGAACUAAAGUAGCAAUCGGUCAUUAGAGUAACUUGGUAUAUCUGAAAAACACUCACCAUCGUGAGUAAUUCAGAAAAACCUAUGUAAUUAUAGAAACAAGCCAAAAAUCUGUUCUGUUAAAUUAAAUUUCCAGUUCAGCCAGAUCCACUCCCAGGACACUGUAUAUAUGAGUCAACUAGGGGACAGGAGGAGGAAUUUGUCAUAUCAUGCAGCAUGCAAGAGCUAACCCAGUAAGAGGGGUGCAUAUGCAUGAAUAUUGCCAAAAGUUUAAAGGGUUACUCCAAACAAAAACCAGAGUAAGUAAAUUUAAACUUGAAACACAAUUUUAAACCAUAUCCAUUUGUGAAUUUGUGGUUACAUGGUUACAUAGCUGAAAGAGACUGGUGUCCAUCAAGUUCAGCCUUCCUUUCAUAUGUUUUUACUGUUGAUCCAAAAGAAGGCAAAAACCCAUGAAUCGGUUUUGCAUUGGGGCCCCAUGGAUUGUGUGUACGCUGCUGUUUGAAAGUAUUUAUCCAAUUGCUGUUUAAAACAUCUGUAUGGACUCUGAUAAAACCACCUGUGACGAGACCAAUCUCGCAACUGUGCAUUGGAGGAGCCUGGUUGCCUGCCUGCUGCCUUUAGACUAUGGUCCCAUGUUGAAACGCUUGAUUUUCCCCUGCAAAGACUCGAAAGCCGGGUCAUUCGGUACUUGCCCUAUUUGAACAGUGAAACCCCAGAUAGCUAUGCCAUGGAGCCCAUUCGUAUAACGAAAGAAUAUGCGAAAGCCUUUGGCUCCAUGGCAAUUGAACUAUAUAUAUGUGAUCUGAGCGCCAUUCAGUGAUAAUGUGCAUUCAGAUCUAAGCUAUCUGGGGAUAUGUUGAAUGUACCUGUUUUAUACAAUAGCUGCACAGUUAUAUAUCUUUAUGUAUUUUUUUUUACCUCUUUUAUACCAUGUGUUCAAUGGAGUUUUUUUUUUUGCCUCUUUUUUACCAUGUGUUCAAUGGAGUUUUGCCUCUGUCCUUGGAGAUAAUUGGAUUACUUCCCAAUUAUCUCCAGGAUAGAAGACUCUGUGGAACUGGUUUUGGGCAGAAAAGCCAUGCUUCAUUUGGUCACAAAGGACUUUGAUCUAUCUUUUGAACCACUGGACCAAUUUGGAUGAUUUUGACAUAUGUUUGUAUUUUGAGUAUGCUGAUUCUGAAAAUGUAAGUUGAAUGUGAUGUAUACUUUUAAAGUUACAGUACAUGUGUAAAAACUGUAUUUCUCUGCCUGUGAUAAUUACAUUAACCCAUUGUGUUCAGUAAUUAUAUCACAGGCAGAGGGGAGGAUUUUGUGUGGGAGUGUCUGAGUGUAUUGUACGUAUUGAUUGGCUGUUCUGCAAAACCCUGUGGGCAGUACUAUGUUUGUAAAAUGUGCAUAAAAGCAGAGUGUUUUAUUAAAAGCUUCAGUUCUACUUUACCCUCAAUUUGGAGUGCCGUCUCUUAUUGGGGGAAUCUGCUACAAGGGAUUGCUAUGCUCUGCAUAUUCCCUUGCUCUAAUCACUCCUAAGCUCAUGUAAGAGCUUGUUCCUGAUUCGCUCUGAAGGAAGAGAGGUACGGCCUAGAGUGGUUAUGGUGUCUACUAGAGUGCUUGGAGCCGUCAUGAAGCGCUAGGAGCAUCCUUCAACGGAGGUACCCAGUCGGGUUGCCAGGUGAUCCGUUACACCACCUCUUCAGGCAGAGAAUUCCAUAUCCUUAUUGUUCUUACUGUAAAAAUAAACUUUUCUUUGCCUUAGAUGAAAUCUCCUUUCUUCCAGCCUAAAUGUGUUACCUUGUGUACUAUGUAUAGCCCUGUUUAUGAAUAGAUUUCCAGAUAAUGGUUUGUACUGGCUCUGAAUAUAUGUAUAAUGUUAUCAUAUCCCCUCUAUGGUGCCGUUUUUCCAAACUAAAGAGAUUAAAAUUUUUAAACUUUCUUCGUAAAAAUGCUCCAUUCCUUUUAUCAAUUUUGAAGCUUGUCUCUGCACUUUUUCUAGUGCCAGGAUAUCCUUCAGGUGCCCAAAAUUGCACUGCAUAUUCAAGGGUUAGUCUUACCAGCGAUUUAUAAAGAGGCAAAAUUAUAUUUUCAUCCUGAAGAUUUAUGCCCCUAUUUAUACAUGACAAAACCUUACUGGCCUUAGCAACUGCAGAUUGACAUUGCAUAUUGCUGCCUAAUUUGUUGUCUAUAACAAUUCCCAAACCCUUCUCGUGUGUGAAUAUCCCUAAUUCACUACCAUUUAGGGUGUAAGUUGCUUGUGCAUUUUUGACCCCAAAGUGCAUAACUUUGCAUUUCUUUACAUUAGAUUUCCUCAGACAUUUUAGUGCACAGUCCCCAAUCUAUCUAAAUCCCUCUGCAGCAAAGCAAUAUCCUGCUCACAUUUUAUUACUUUAUAAAGUUUUGUGUCAUCUGCAAACUCUGAAACAUGGCUUUCAAUGCCUAUUUCAAGAUCAUUUAUAAAUAUGUUAAAUAGAACCGGUCCCAAAACAGAACCCUGAGGGACACCACUUACCACUUUUGUCCAGCCUGAAAAUUAACCAUUAAUGACAACUCGUUAUAUCCUUAAGCCAAUGUUCUACCCAAGAACAAGAAUAUUCAUCUAGACCAAUUUCUUUUAGUUUGAAGACUAACCUAUUGUGAGUAACCGUAUCAAAUGCUUUGGCAAAAUCCAAGUAGAUCACAUCCACUGCAACACCAUGAUCUAUACUUCUACUUACUUCCAAGUAGAAUGCAAUUAGGUUAGUUUGACAUGACCUAUGUUUCAUAAAACCAUGCUGAUUAUUGCUAAUAACAAAGUUCUUCCCAAUGAAUUCCUGAAUAUUAUCCCUUAAGAGCACUUCAAAUAUUUUCCCAGUCACAGAAGUUAAGCUCACAGGUCCAUAAUUUCCAGGCAAGGAUUUUAAACCCUUUUUAAAUAUAGGAACGACAUCUGCCUUUCUCCAUUCCUCCGGUACAAUACCUGAAACAAAAGAAUUGUGAAAGAUUAAAUACAGAGGUUCACUUAUUUCCCCACAUAGCUCCUUAAAGGGACACCGUAGGCACUGUAUCUGCUUCAUCUCAUUAAACUGGUUAUAGUGUCUGGAGUCCUCUGGUACCAUCAUUUCUUUCAGCAUUAAACAGUUUUUAAACUUUUAAUGUUUUAAUGCUAAACAAGAGUCCCUCGCAAUCCAUCCCCUCUGUGCUGCUUUGGCUAAUAAGGAAGUAUUAGCCUGAGCAACAAUAGGCAGCUGUGAUUGGCUGAGAGUGUCAGCUGACUGCUUUUAGCCUGUCAGAGUUCCAACUGACGGUAUGAAUGGGUAUGACAACAAGGAAGUGUGUAAUCUCUGCCUUAGCUACACAUACUGAAGGGGCCGGACUCUGGGUGGCCAGGGACUCUUAUUUUGUGGCAUACUGCACGAACAUGGUGCAAUACUCAAUGGAGGGACAGUGCCAAGGCACUCCAGGCACUAUAACCAAUUCAGAGAGAUGAUAUGCUUAUAGUGACUACAGUGUCCCUUUAAGUACUCGUGGGUGAAUACCGUCAGGCCCCUGUGCUUUAUUUACAUUAAUUUUCUUUAACUGCUGUAGCACCUUGUCUUGAGUCAUCCAAUCACAAGUUAUCUGCACGUUUUUUGCAGCAAUCAUUUGCAUAUCUCUUCCCAUAGGAUCCUCAUUAAUAUAUACUGAAGAAAAAUAGUUAUUUAAAAUGUCUGCCUUUUCCUGGUCUUCCUUAACUAACAGACCCAUUUCUGUUUCCAGUGUACUUACACUUUCAUUUUUGAUAACACUAUCAUUAAAAGUACCCUGUAUAAAUGGAGAAAAACAUUUAGGAACCUUUUUCCAGGUCUGCUGCGAGUAUUGUUACCACCGUAGGCAAAAAUUCUGUUUGCUGCCCUUAUGUAUCCCACAUUCCCUCUCAUACUCCUUUUCCCAAUGUACACAUAUUAUUGUUAAACAAGCAUUAAGUUACUGUAAACAAUCCUUAAACAAUGUGUAUAGUUAUAUGUUUUAAAUAUUGCCCUCAGCUGUAGUGAUAUAGGUUUAUAUAAAGGAAAUUCGAAAUAAAGACAUUUUUAUGGUCUUUAGGUGAUUCAUUUUCUCAGUUCCACUUGGACUUCAUACAAAUGAACCUUGAGCUAUUUUGAAAGGGUCCCGCAGGGAAGGCUUGUCUCUGUGUAAGAUAACUGAUGAUUAAUUGAAAAGGGCCAGUUUCUCUAUUUCGACCUGUGAAAUCAUUAACGCUACCAAGUAACUGUUGCUGCUUGCACAUGGUACUGUUUACCAAUUUGUGUUGCUGGUGUAAGCUGAAAGGACGGAGGUAGUCACGUAGCACUGAUUUAACCUUAUCUUCCAAUGCUUUUAAAUCAAAGUUUCUACCAUAUAUUCUUAUGUUACAGGAAGGAACAACCCCAUCUUUUCUCAGUGGAAAUCCUGGUUACGUGGUUGGCUUACCUCUUCUGGCGGGAUUUAAAUUGCCACAAUAUCCUUUUUCUUUUUUUACAUGAUUUCUGUUUGUCUGUUUUUUUUUUCUUCAUUUGUUUUUUACAGUACACCAUCUUAUCUUUGUAAAAUGAUUUUUUUAAAUCUAUUUCUUGGCAUGUUCAAUGUAGAAGAGAUAAUUCUUAUGUGAAAUUGUCCCUUCCCAGUAUUUUCGAUAGCAUCUUUACUUGUGCGUAUAUUUAACAAAUCUGUAUUUGUGAGGUGUGAAAAAUGACAUUUAAAUUCCUUGUUUUCUCGUAACCUUCUUAGACCCUCGUCAAUCAUUAGAAGUUCUGUCCUUUGCACCCGUGGUCAGCACAGGGAACGAAGAGGAAGAAAGACUCAUUUUUUAUUUCUCCUCCUCUUUUGCCUGCUGUACCCUGGCUGCACCUGGUCGGAAUUUUGUUGUCAUGCCAUUUGCUAAAUCUUUGAUCUAAGAUUUAAAAGAAAACCAAGCAUCACAUGAAAAAUGUUCCCUACUAUGUUACCGACUUUUUAUAUAACAAGAAUGUUUAUGUUCCAAAGAUAACCCUAUAUAUGAAACAAGAACAGGCUCAUCUUUGACUCUCUUUAUGAUUCGUUAUGUGAAAGUGUUUGGGGUUGACUUACUUUUGUCAUUACCUUGCUAUGGGUCAGUGAAAGAAUCCAUAGAAAGGAGUGUUAACGUUUUCCUGUAGCGCGGAAAUAAAAAUCCAUACAGAGGUUAACAAAUAUAAUACCUAAAUCUCAGGUGUUGGAUAAAUUAGUUUCUCUUAUAUAAAAAAAUUUAAAAUGGGGGUAUUGUACUAGAAAUUGGCUUAUUGCUUAUACUGGUUAACGUUAAAAUACAUUGUGUAGUCGUAACAAAGGUGUAAACCAAGCCUGUCACAGCCCACAAUGAAUAUGUUUGCGGCCCAGUGGGCCGCGAGUUUCACAUGCUUACCAACGUAGAGUAGGCACCUGCUCUCCCCAUAUUGCCGGGGGAGAGGAAGGUGGCAGCAGCAAGGGAGCUCAGUCUUCCUGCUGCUCGCGCGCGCCCUCUGUAGUGAUGCCGGGUGCUGAAAUAUGACAUCAUUCCAGCACCCGGCAGCAGGAAGACUGAGCUCCCGAGAGGAGAUCCCCACUGGACCCCAUGGAUAGGCGGAGCAAUAAAUAAAAUGAUUUGUGUGUCUGUCAGAGAGUGAGCCUGUCUGUCAGUGUGUGUGUGUGUGUCUGUCAGAGAGUGUGUGUGCCUGUCUGAGAGUGUGUGUGCCUGUCUGUCUGUCAGAGAGUGAGUGUGUGUUGGUCAGCGUUGCGAUGGCCGCAGCUGUACAGUGGAGGACCUGGAUGUGCACAGAGGUACGCAACGCCACAUCACAUUCCGACGUGACGUCAACGUGCUCCACCUUCAGAGGUUUUCAAGGAGCAGCGGGAGGAUCCGCUUUUGCGGAUGUGCCAUUGGGGUAUACCAGAGGCUGGACUCCAGAGUCACAUACUGGCAGCAGCAAUGUGAUUGUAGUCUGCUUGUUAGCUAAUAUUGUUGUUUUUUUUGUUUGUUUUUUAAACAAGGGCCGGAGUUUAGUAGAGUCGCGGUGCUGGGAUUUAGUACAAGGGGGAUGGGACUGGGAUUUAGUAUAGAGGGGGGGACUGAGAAUUAGUAUAGGGGGGGGACUGGGGUUUAGCAGAGGGGAUGCUGUUUUUUUCUUAUACUGUACUUUUAAAAACAAACCUACGUUUCUAUGAAAAUUUAAGGUUUUGGUUUUUUUUUGCAGCCCGCACAAACUUAAACCUUGUUUAUUUGGCUCGUGCUAGCCUUCGGGUUUGACAUGCUUGGUGUAACAUGUUCUGUGAAAACCGCUUCAUUAAGUUGUUCCACAAAAUAGCUUAUUAAUGGGGCCUGCUUUAAAAAUGAGUAAAUGUAGCAAAUUCCAUAACUGAUGCUCCUUAACAAAGCUGUUAUAAGUCUGGUAUUAUUCAGAGUACCGACCGAUUCGGCCAACUGACCCUGUUGAAAAGCUCAAAGGACCAAAGCUGCUUGGCUGAAUAUGGCAACAGGGCAACAGUUUUAUUUGGUUAUAACAUGGUGUCUGGUUGCAUAUUGCGGUUAGUAACUAAUACAUACUUCUAAAUGUCUUUCUCAUUUGACUGGAGAAAAAAUCUAUAUUUUGUAACCCAAGAUAUGUUACUUCAUUUGUAACUUAUCAUUAGCUGCAAAGAAACUGAGCGUUGGCUGUCAGAAGAGCCCCAGUUUUUGAAGAAAGACUCAAUAUACCAUAACCACUACAGUAAGGUGUUUAUAAUACAUAUAUUGUCUGUUACUUUUAAUAAACUAAAUGUUUAUUAAUGGAGAAUGUAAAGUAUAACAUCUAAUACUAUUGUUUCAGAUGAUUAAAGGGACACUCCAAGCACCAAAACAACUGUAUAAUGAAGCAGUCGUGGUAUAUAGAUCAUGCCCCAUGUAGUCUCACUGCUCAAUUCUCCGUCAUGUAAGAGUUAAAUUACUUUGUUUAUGCAUUUUAUUUUUGCAGCCAAAGCCAUAGUUUGGCUGAAAAUCACAAAGACUUACUAGACACCUGAAAAGGAGCCUAAUUUGUUUAGCUCUCAUUUUUGCAAUUCCCAAAUGGUAGAGAAUUGAGUAGUGAGACUGCAUGGGCAUGAUCUAUACAGCAAAACUGCUCUAUUAAGCAACGUUGUUUUUGUACUUAGGGUGUCUCUUUAAUAUUGAAUUGGAAUUUAAAUUAAGCACUGUCUAUAAAGAUUUGUUUUACAUAAACCCUUUUCAAAUAUUCCAAGCACAACUAUACUAUUUUCAUCUAGCCAAGCUAUACUACGUUUAGCUAGAAUGACCAUUUUAGGACCUAUGCAUAGUGCCUGUGAUGUAAGCAGCCAGUCAGAAUUACAUGCUGGGUGUUCAGUGAUGGGGGAGUUAGAGCACAGGCUCUGGAGCCCUUACUUUUGGAGGGCCAACCAAAGAGAUCCUCCCAUCUCCAUGGCCAGCCCUUUCCCCAUGAUCUUCGUGGCUGAGUAGGCAUUUCCUCAGUUUGUCCGAUGACCAGUCCCAAACUCAGCUGAGUUCUCAUCUGAGAUCAUCUGUCAACAACAUAAUAACAAUAUCACAUAAAAGAUUAAAAGGACACUCCACUGCUCAAUCUAAAAAAAACAUUCUCCCACUGAAUGGUGCACAUUGUUGAAUAAUAAAAUAUACUGAAAUGGUUUCGCCCGGCUUGUCAUGCCUCCAUGGCUGAGAUAAUCCUUAUGAUCUCAGUUACGUCAAUGCUUUCCCAUAGGAAAGCUUUGGGAGGAUAUUGCGCGUGUGAAGCAAAAGGCUGUGCUGCGCCAAUUCGCAUUUCAUUACAUUGAAUCCAUGCAUCUCUAUGGGGAACAUUCAGUGCCUGAAUACACCGUAUGGAGACAGUGAACAUAGGUUCUAGAAAUCACCUCAAGUGACCGUCUGAGUGACUGCCACUAGAAGUGUCCCAAGACAGGAAUGUAAACACUGUCUUUUCUCUGAAAAUGUAGUGUUUACAUUGAAAGGUCUGCAGUGACAUGCUACAAACACCAGAACAACUUUAAGCUGCAGUGGUUCUGGUGACUAUAGCGUUCCUUUAAGAAUUGCAUUUUUUCUCGUUCAAGAUUAAACUUUGUUUAAAAAAAGACUGGCUCCUAACUGUUUUAGCUGGCUCCUAGAUUCCAAUCAAAUUUGUCAAGCCCUGAUCUAAGGCACCACUAUAGGCACCCAGACCACUCCAGCUCAAUGAAGUGGUCUGGGUGCCAGGUCCAACUAGGAUUAAAGGGAAACUCCAGUUGCAGGAAAACAAUCAGUUUUUCUGGCACUGCAGGUCCCCUCUCCCUCCCACCCCCUAAUCCCCGGUUGCUGAAGGGGUGAAAACCCCUUCAGUGACUUACCAGAGGCAGCGACGAUGUCCCACAUCGCUGCUUUUUUCUCCUCCGCUGCUCCUCCCAGUGAUUGUGAGGAGCGGCUAUGUUUACUUUAGGGUUAAUUUAGCCUCUAGUGGCUGUCUCAUUGACAGCCGCUAGAGGCGCUUCCGCGCUUCUCACUGUGAUUUUCACAGCUGCCAUGGGACCCUGAGGGUGCGGGCACCCUCAGGGCACUAUAAUGCCAGGAAAAUUAGUUUGUUUUCCUGGCACUAUAGUGGUCCUUUAAGCAAACCAAAUGAGUUGUAUCUGAUAUUUUAAUUCCAUAAUAUUUCAAGAACUGCUCAGGAGCCAACUUCUGGCAGGGGUGCCCAAAAGGUAGAUCUGUAGAUGUUGUAGAACUACAACUAGUUGGUCUUUAAACAAAAAAAAAAAAAAUCAAAGCUUGAUUUUAUACCAUUCAACAAAAAACCAUGAGACUCGCCAUAAAGCAGCGGGCUGCAAUGUGAUACCCUCCUAUACAGGACACAAGGGCAACUGCAGACCUUCUAUUAUCCAACUUUUGGAUGGCAGUUCUCUGGUGCAGGUAGAGUGAUCAUUCUCACCCCCUCUCAUGAUGAAUGCAUUUCAUAUUAAAGUUGACCCUUUUCAUUGGAAUGAUUUAUUUCUGUACAAGUAGAAUGGGUUUAAUUCAAUAUAUGCGCAUAGUAUUCUUUCAGCUAUAUGGACUAGGAGGAUUUUACUGUAUGUGACCCAUUGAAUGGAAGAUGCAUUCUCUUUUUCAAUGCAUUUUUCUCCCAAUGCUCUUAUUUAUUUUUCUUGACAAUAUUUGUUUAUCUUGCACUAGAAAUAAAAAAAUGUAUAGUUUCUCUCCACUGAACACUAAAAUUGAACAUCGUUACUGUGCUAUGCAGUAAAGGAAAAUGUAUUGGUGUUGCAAGCAGUUCAGUGUAACCCAUCUUAUUGCAAAUCCCUCUCCUGUAUGUGAAAUCACUUUCCAUUUCCUCAGGCUGGGGGGGUUGGGGUAGGAAAUGUUCAUUUCUAAAGAAGAUUGUGCCAUUUAAAGAGAGAGUGCUAUUCAGUGCAUAUGAGCAACUAUAUAACCUCUCCAGUUGGUUUAAGUUAUUACAUAGCUUAGUAAUGCUCCCACAAGGGUGUCAGAGGAAGGAGCUGCACAUGAAUAGGCAAAAGGCUUUGUGGUUUUCCUAACAACAUUUUGGUGAUCGCUGUAACGCUGCACGUGUAUUUUGGGUCUCUGUUAGGAAACUAUGUUCUGUGGUCAUAUCCUUCUAUACUUCUUACAACACUUUGAGCAUAUUUUUUUUACAUUUAGUUUGAGUGAGGGGUUAUUGUUUUGUGGUUGGGGGUUUUGAAGCAGUUGAUUUAACAAUUGUGGUUUUCAUUGAGUUCUAGACUCCAAUACUUGGAGAUUCUUUUGGUUCAGAAAUGCAUUUUGUCCAAAUUUGGGCAAACCGGAUGAUCAAUGGAAAUUCUGAACAUUUAGACUAAUUGUAGGGGAAUCAUGAACUAACUGAAAUGCACAAUGGUUGAGCAUGUUUGUUUUGAUAUGCGAUUCUGACUUUCACAGUAACAUAAAAAAGACAUGACUGACAGCAAAAAAAAGAUGAUUUAUAGUCACCUAAUACUAAAUAAAUAUAGAUUUUAUUCACAGAUUAAGUGAGUAAUAGAGGGGGAGAAAAGGACGAGCAGCCAGAGGAAAAAUAAUAUAUAUAUAUAUAUAUAUAUAUAUAUAUAUAUAUAUAUAUAUAUUGCUACAAGCUCGCUGUCUAAAUACUUAUCUUAUUGCCAGGUGCAAGCCAGAGCUUUCUAAAUCCAAACGAGGUAGAGAAAUAGUUGCACUUACGGUCUUCUAUAAAAUCCAGUAUUUAUUAGUAUAUAUUUAAAAUUAGGAUCAACGUUUCAGUAAUUUCCAGGACUUUCAUCAGGAUUUCCCCUGAUUAAAUAUUUUUAUCACAUGAUCUGUGAACCAAAUGGUGGGAAAAUGUCCCUAUCCAGUACUGCAAAAUAAAUAAAUGGACAAUUCAUUCAUCCAUGACAGAUAUGUGUUGAUCAGUAAAGGGGACCAGUCAAAUGUAUUUAAAUCCAGGACAGGCCAACAGAAUGUGGCAAGCAGGCUAUAAGCAGUAAUGGGUUCCAUGCCGCCUAACCUUCCCAUGGUCUCUGAAAUAAGUCUUUAAUCUCUCCAAUCUCCUGGGCAGGAAGCCCACAAUCUAGGAAGGUCUCCAGUGAAUGCUAUCACAUGUGCCAUGGUGUACUCUACCUGGACAGAGAUUUAGGCACGAGGAGCAGUAUGCUUAAUCUGAUGUCAUUUUCCUUUUCUUUAAUUUUAUUAUGAGGAGUAAUAACUCAAUGUAUGUCAGUGAUCAUCUCCUUAUAAUUGCAUCAUAUGCCACUAUAUUAUUUGUUCUGCAUUAUUCUUGUACUGUUCGUACAUAUAUGAGAAUCCUAUGUCCUACAAUAGCUCUGUCAUACUUGUAAAAUUUAUUGUACCAAUACCUCAAUAAAAAUAGAUUAACAAAAAGGAAAAAAAAGAAGUCAUAUAAAACUAUAUACCUUUAUUAUUAUAGUCACAAAAACACACUUAAAAAAGAAAGCAAAAACAUUGAUCCCACCACCCAUAUACAAUGUGAUUUACUAGAAUGAGAAUGAGAACUGUCAUUGUUAUUUGCAUAUAUCCAUUAAUUAUAAAUAAGGGUUAUACCUUAUACCAGCUCUAUUGCUGGUCAGACAUAAGUGAACGUUUUAGUAUUUUCACUAAUUUAUCUUAAAUAAAGUGUUGCAGUAUUCCUUUUAAAUGAGUCGUUCUGUUUUGUGGUAAUUGUUUGCUUUCAGUAUUAACUCCAUGUGUUCAGAAUAAUUUGAUUAUUUUAUUUUUUUAAAGUCUUAGUAACUCUGAAACAGCAUUUUGCCAACUUGCAGCAGAUGUUGUCCUGAACGUACUAAGAGACCAGCAGUUCCCACAAUAUGUAGCCUCAUUUGGAAAUUCUCAACCACAGAAUGUGUUAGACUGGGUGCCGAUUGUUGAUGUUACUGCUGUUACUCCUACAGAAGUGGUAAGAUAUCUGUGCUGUAAACUUGUCCUGUUAUGUUAUACCUUAGGGAUACAAUAGUCACCAAAACAACUUUAGCUUGAUGAAGCAGUUUUGGUGUAUAGAUCAUGCUCCAACAGUCUUACUGCUCAAUUCUCUGCCAUUUAGGAGUUAAAUCACUUUGUGUAAGUUACAUGCAGGGAGAUGAGACUUGGGCUGCAAAAACAAGCUUCCUAAACACUUCCUGUAAAGAGUCAUCUAAUGUUUACACUUUAUUUAUUGCAAAUUCUGUUUAAUUUAAAAUGAAUUAUCCCUUGCUCUUUUAAUAGCUUGCUAGACUGUGCAGGAGUUCUUAAUGUAUUUAGUGUCCUGCUAAUAUAAUAGCAGGGACACCACAAAUUGAGUGGAGGUGAAAGAUCUUUAAACUCCUUUUGACUGAGGGUUUCCUGAAAUUCCAUGUUUUUGAUAGGCAUUUUUGGCACUUGUGCAAUGUGUUUGUUCCACUGUACUUUCAAACUUCUCUCUCCUAGAGGGGCUGUCACAACAAUAUUGCUUUUGAAUAUUUCAUGAAGAGAUUUUAUGAAAAUAAGCAUGUUGACUGUAUUAUAAAAUUAUUUUGGUUGCAUUGGAAGUUCAAAGUAAGGACAAAAAUGUCUUAUGGCAAAGUCCUAGUUGGACAAAACAUGACAAUAGAUGAAGAUUUUUACAGUGGUUGCAAUCAAUAGCUGUGGCAGUAUGGAACCUUCCCACAGAUUACACAAGUGGGUCUAUAGAGCAGUGUUCCCAACCCAGUCCUAAAGUACCCCCAACCAGUCCAAGAUUUAGGGAUUACCCAGUUGUGUCUAAGGUGUUUUUACAAGAAAGAAAAAAAAACACUUUAGACACAACAGGGUAAUCACUAAAUCCUGGACUGGUAGGGGGUACUUGAGGACUGGGUUGGGAACCCCUGCUAUAGAGAAAACUACAGUCUCUCUGGAUCCUCAAUACACCUCAGUGUCUAGUAGUGAUGCAACUCCUGUUAGGUGAAGCACUUGGUAGCUGAAGAAAGAAGAUGGAUGGCUCUUGCAGGGGACAACUUCAGGUAAGUACACUGAUCAGCCACAACAUUAAAACCACUGACCUAUUAAGUGAAUAUUGUUUAUUAUAUUAUUUCAAUGACAGCUAGCAAGGGGUGGGGAUAAAUGGGGCAGCAAGUAAACAGUCAGUUCUUGAAUUUCAUGAUGGUCAGAGCAUGUCCAAAACGGCAAAUCUUGCGGGAUUUUCCCAGUAGGCAGUGGUUAGUACAUAAAAGUAGUGCAAGGAAGGACAACCAGUGAACCAGCAUCAGUGUCAUGGGCGUCCAAGGCUCAUUGCUGCACAUGGGGAGUAAAGGUUAACCCGUCUCUUUCAAUAACACAGAACUACUAUAGCUCAGAUUGCUGGAAAACGUAAUGCUGGCCAAGAAACACUGUGUGUUCUGACACCUUUCUAGCGCAGUUUUCUGCGUAUAGGGCUGCAUAGCCACAGAUCUAAACUCCCAUAAUGCUGACACAGCAUCAUGGUAGAUAUAGUCCACAAUCAUGAUACUAUUAGCACUUACAUUUUAACCUUUCCAGUUGGAGCCAAAACUUUUGUUUUAUGGCUUGUUAAAAUGGAAGCAAUAGGAGUUAAAGUGUGUCGAUGAGAAUGUUCUUAAUCACCCUGUGAAGCAUUAAAAUCUGAAGCAAUCACUGGAAUCUACAUCAAGCAGGGUCAAAUGCAGACGGAUUCAAAAUACAUUUUUGGAAAGAUAUAUGACAAAUAUUGCAGUGAGUGAAUUAAAGGUUUUAAGGCUAAACCUUUCUAAUUGAAAUAAAAGCGGGGGCGGGGUGUUUAUAGAAGGUUGCCAUUGCUGUACUCCAUUGACCCUAGUAAUGUCUUAGCCAGUACAAUUUCAACAACUUAAUUUUUAUAUAUAUCUAUAUAUCUUCUAUUUUGUUUUAGAACACAUGUAAAAUGCCAGUGUCUUUAGAACUAGAAGUGAGAUGGACUAAAUAUGGAUCAUUGGUUAAUCCUCAAGCACAGAUUGUGAAUGUUACACAAAAGAUUACUUACAAUGCUAUCCCAGUAAGUAGAAAAUUAUUUUUUCAGCAAUUUUUUUUCUAGAAAUUGUCCAACUUGGAUUGUUUAAGCCUGCAGUUUGUCUAUUAAAAAAAUUCUUAGUUAUCUUUGGCUGUGAAGUGUAUGUGUGAUAAUGCAAGAGUACAGUGUGAGUAACUGAGCACUCCAGGGCAGAGGCAGACAGCCCUAACAUAUAGCAACCAUAUUACUUUAUCAAACACUAACAUAAAAUAAAAUAUUUACAAUGUACCAUCUGUAUAAUUAUGGUGAAUGAAGAGCAGAUUAUGUCUUAAUACGCGACAAAAUUAACAUUUAUGCCAAAAUAGCCAAACUGAAAAUACAACUGAUUUGGAAAGGUGUUUUUUUUUUUUUUAAGAUUACUGUGCCAAAAGCUUUAAAUUCAGUUUGAGGUUUAUUUACUAAACCUAUUCACUCUUUCUACACUUUUAAUGACUUGGCCAGUAAACCCGCUUGUGGCAAAGAUUAUUUGUAGGCUGGGUGCUGAACAAAUAAUCUAUAGACUUUUUGUUUAGCACCUAUACCAGAUUGUUAGGGUUGACUGGGAGAUUUACACCAUGUCAAAUACCAAAUCAAAUAGAUUUGCACCAUGUAUUAAUUUGUUGACUGACAAAAUAAUGGAGUGAUUUGCUAUAUGCCAGCAUCAGCUCUGCAUUUAUCAGCUCCAUAAUCCAGGCUUUAAGUGCAAUGCAAAUGUUUAAAGUUAAUGUAGGAUAACCUAGCCUUUUGUACUGUAAAUACAUGCAUUUCUUGUAAACCGUUAAAAUAUGACCCAUAUUAAAUUUGCCCUGUUGGCCACAUGGAUGCAAUUUAUAAUGUGUUGAUCAAUGAUAAUCCGUACAUUCACUCUGUAUAUGAUUAUUAAUGGUGUCCCUCUUUAUAGACCGCUUUUCUUGGAAGUGAAAAACUUGUACAGAUCUUCUGUUCCGUCACUUUUGUUGAUGUGUCUGCAUCCGCAGAGCCUGGUUACAAAGCUCAACCAACCUUUGAUGCCAAGCUGCCCUUUGAUUUCUUCUACCCAUUUGUAUAA